GCUUCCGUAGUCACAUGAGUGGUUUGUUGUGGUUGUGCCUUUUUUUCCCCCUUUCAUUUUACACUAUGUCGUUUCAAUUCUGACUGUGUAAUCGUCUCUAUUUUGUUGUAAUAUUACGAUUCUUCGGAUUCUUUCACUUAUAAAUCUCCCCAUAAGCAAGUCACGCGAGAACGUUUCGGAUUUUUCGGUUAGUCUGGUGACCGGUGAGGCAUGAUUCACCCCGCAGCCUGAGCUAGACACGCAGGGAGGCUGUUGUUGGUUAGGUUUUUUAUUGUUUUUACUUUGAGGGAGUCAGUUUACGGUGGCUGUUUCUGGAGCCGCCGAUUCGUCAUGCUGCGCUGGAUUCUCGGAGGUCGGGAGGCGCAGAACUCGGUGGAGAAAAGCCCCGUGUUGUGCAUUGGAGAGGAACAGCCCAAAAACUGCUUCACUGAGCUGCAGGUGCUGAAAGGACAUUUUGACAUCGUUCGAUUUCUGGUGCAGAUUGAUGACUUCAGGUUUGCUUCGGCGGGGGACGACGGCCUGGUGCUGGUGUGGAACGUCAAGACAGGAGAGCGGCUGCAGGAGCUGAGAGGACACUCCCAGCAGAUCACAGCCAUCAGCGCCUUCUCCUGCAGCGACGGCUUCACGUCGCUCCUCACCGCCUCCUCAGACCGGAGCCUCAGUCUGUGGGAUCCUGACACGGGAAACAGAGUGCAGACCAUUUCAGACCUGCAGUCUUCUGUGAAGUGUUUGCUGGUGCUGGAGCGGCUGUCUGUGUGGCUCUCCGGCGGGGAGGAGUUGUGCGUUUGGGACAAAGAUUUCCAGCUGCUGUGUCACAGACAAAAGCACAGCGACACCGGAGUCGCUGCUCUGGUAGAACUGCCGAAGAACUGCGUGGCAGCUGCUGUGGAUAAAGAGAUAGUGAUCUACAGAUUGACCGUGUCAUCGGAUUCGUCUGUGUUGCUGGAUGAGAUCUCGCGCUGUUCUGAUCACCACGACCAGAUCCGAGCUCUCAUCAACGUCAACGACGGGAUGUUUGCCAGCGGGUCCCACUCGGGCGAGUUGAUCCUGUGGGACUCGGCUAACUUUUGGAAUGUGGCCUACGAGCACAUCCUGUGGGAGGAGUCUCACCCCAGCAGCCAGACGGAAAUCAGACUGGCCGCUCCCAAGCCCAGUGAGAUGUCCAUCCAGCACCUGACCUCCAAUGGGAGGCUGAUCCUGGCGGCUGUGGGCAGUGGGCUGUAUGUGUACGACGUUGUGACCAAAGCUGUGGUGGCCUACAGGAAGGCCGCACACGACUCCAAUGUGCUGCACACCAUGCUGCUGUCUGACGGUGAGCUGAUGUCGUGCUCUGAAGACGGCAGCGUGAGGAUGUGGGAGAUCCAAGAUUUACCUUUGGCUGCUGAACCUGCAUCUGCAGGAUUCUUUGGUAUGUGGACUUUUGGACGGUCGAGCAAACAGCCCGGUCCUCAGUCAAAGAAGGUCCUGGAAAUUCCCAACCUGAGGACACUGGAGCUGACCGGAGAUCUGAUUGGACACUCGGGAGCGGUCCAGAUGUUCCUGAGCUUCAGGGAGAAGGGCUUGGUGACGUGCUCGACGGACCACCUGCUGAUUCUGUGGAAGGACGGGGAGAGGCAGUCCCGGCUGCGCAGCCAGGCGCUGUUCCAGAAGCUGGAGGAGAACGGAGGACUCUGAAAACGAAGCCUUUAGUCAGAAGAGAAGGAUGACUAUCGUUGCCUCGCACACCAUAUGACUGCAGACUGACGAUUGCUGUUUACAUUCAUUGGUUGGCUAGUUAUUUUUUUAUUGAGGAAAGUUCAUUAAUUAAAGUGAAUGAAAAUGGUUAAAAAAAACUUAUUGCUUUUCUUUCCAUCAUUGUUUGAGAUCCAUAGAGCUGAAUCCUGUUUGAGGUAAGAAAAAAAAAAAUCCCUGUAAAUACAAAUUUUAGCAUUUUUCUUUUUCAGGGUGUCCAUGAUUCCUUAAAACGUUUUAAAGCCACGUAUUUAAAUUUAAGGCAUUAAAAUGUCUUUAAUUCAUAAAAAUGUAAGUUGGUCUUAACGAUAAGAGUCACAGAUCUUAAAUUUUGUUGCAGCAGAACUAUUUAAUCUCAUGUCAUUUUCUGUCAGCCAAAGGUUGGAGUCGGGCGCAGACAUCUUAACUGCGUUUAUACUCCAGGCAAAAAACAUUGAAGCUAAAACCUUUGUGUGGAGUUGAGGUUAAGAGAAUUUGCAGUGAGAAGCCACUGUUGAGACCCAUAAACAGAGCCCAGAAAUAUCACAAUUUAUGCUGGACUUGAUUAUAAUACAGGAGAAUCUCCCAUCCUCCAUUUAGGUCUUAAAUUUAAUUCAAGGUGGCAUUAAAAAAAAGUCUUCAGUUCAACUGCAGAUAGCCUGUUCUUAAGCCCAGUGUUAAGAACAGGCUUAACAACCUUUAAGUGAAGAUUAAGUGAAUCUUCAUUUAAAAGAUUCACUAUUAAAUGAGUCUUUUUUUCUUUACAGCUUACGCUGGUGAGUUAUGGAGGCAGCUGCCAGAAUCCUGCUAAGUUGUUCUGUUUUUAUUAAGUGCACCAAUCAGUGCCAAAUAAAGCUCGCAUAUUAAAUGUCACACUUUGUAAAUGUGAUAUUGCAUGUUUAUUUAUUCAUGAAAUAAAUCAUAUUUCUCAAACUGA